GAGCACAUAUCAUUUUUCCAUAUUUAAGUUUUUAACAUAAUCAUUACAAUUUGAUAGCAGAAGAACAAAACCAAAAAUUCAGACAACAAACAGAAAAAUAGGAGAAGGGUUCCAAUGGAGCUUUUUUAGAAGAUUUCAACUUCUCUGUACUAAUUGUAAACUAGAAGAAUCAUUUUUUUCAACUUUUUUGUUCAUUUGAGGACAGAUUCGAGUUUGGGAAUUGCACAAGAAAACAGUUGUUGAAGCAAAAAGUUGAUGAUAAAUGAUGCUUGAAGAAAGAAAUUUGUCAGUUUGGCCCUUCUUCACCUCAAUUUUGGUAGCUAUUUUGAGUAUUGGUUAUGGUCAUGGGCAUGAGUGUAAGAAAUCUUGUGGAGUUGGUAACAAAAUGAAGUUGGUUCCUUACCCUUUUGGAUUUUCAAGUGAGUGUGAAGUUCAAUUGAAUUGCAGUGAAGAGUCAGGAGACAUUAAAAUUGGUGACUUUCAAGUCCAAAAUUUAACUUCAGAUAGUGUUUUAGUUUAUGUUCCUGCAAAUUGUAGCCGUUCACUUGAUUUGAUCAGAGUUUUAUUUGGUCAAAAUUAUGCACCAAAAUGGAAAAAUGGUUUGCUUUUACAAAACUGUUCAAAGUCUUUAGAUAGCUGUGUUAUACCCUCAAAGAAUUUCGUUAGCCAGUUGCAUAUACCGAGUUGCAACUCAAGAAGUGAUAAUAUAAGCUGUUAUUCUAGGGGGAAUUCAGAUAUGGAUGUGUUGAGUUAUGAUCAUUUGAAUUCGACUCAGUGUAAGUUCUUGUUCUCUUCAUUUGCUGUUGGGGCUAAUAGCCCUUCGGUUUCGCUCGAGUUCGAGCGAGUUGAGUUGGAUUGGUGGCUUGAAGGGAGUUGUGAGGUUGAUCGGGUUCAAUGCGCAAAAAAGGCGAAUUGUACGGAUGUUAGACUUGGUGAGGGGAAGGCGGGAUUCCGGUGCCGGUGUAUAGAAGGGUUCACCGGAGAUGGCUUUGAGAAUGGGGAAGGUUGCCAGAGUGUCUCUAACUGCAAUGCUUCAAAGUAUAUUAAUGGCCAAUGCGGCGGAACUACAAGAGUCGGUGUUCUUGUUGGAGGGAUUAUUGCUGGAGCUUCACUAAUGUCCGGUCUGGCCCUUAUCUGUUACUUUGUCCGACGACGGUCCAAUUCUUGGAGAAACAGAUUAAGUGCGAAGCGGCUUCUUUGUGAAGCUGCUGGAAACUCUAGCGUUCCAUUUUACCCAUACAGAGAAAUCGAAAAGGCUACUAAUGGCUUCUCUGAUAAACAAAGAUUAGGCGUCGGAGCCUAUGGAACAGUUUAUGCUGGAAAACUUCACAAUGACGAGUGGGUCGCGAUAAAAAGAAUCCGCCAUAGAGAUAUGGAUAGUGUUGAUCAAGUCAUGAAUGAAAUUAAGCUCCUUUCAUCGGUAAGCCAUCAAAAUCUGGUUCGCCUUCUAGGUUGUUGCAUAGAGGAGGGUGAACCCAUCCUUGUUUAUGAAUUCAUGCCCAACGGGACCUUGUGCCAGCAUCUACAACGAGAGAGGGGAAAAGGACUUCCGUGGACAAUACGACUUACCAUUGCUGCAGAAACUGCUAAUGCUAUUGCAUUCCUCCAUUCCACUAUGAACCCGCCAAUUUAUCACAGAGACAUCAAAUCUAGCAAUAUACUACUGGAUUACAACUACAGGUCAAAAGUUGCCGAUUUUGGUCUUUCUAGGCUUGGCAUGACCGAGUCAUCCCAUAUUUCAACGGCGCCACAGGGGACACCUGGCUAUCUCGAUCCUCAAUACCAUCAAUAUUUUCAUCUUUCUGAUAAAAGUGACGUUUACAGUUUUGGAGUAGUUCUUGUAGAGAUCAUAACUGGAUUGAAAGUUGUUGAUUUUUCUCGAGCUCACAGCGAGGUAAACUUGGCUGCACUUGCUAUUGAUAGGAUCGGAAGAGGUUGUAUUGACGAGAUAAUAGAUCCUUAUCUUGAUCCAAACAAGGAUGCUUGGACGUUAUCGUCCAUGCAUAACGUAGCUGAGCUGGCAUUUAGAUGCCUCGCUUUUCAUAGGGAUAUGCGGCCUACAAUGAUGGAAGUUGCCGAAGAGCUAGAGCACAUCCGACUCAGUGCAUGGGUUCCAAAUAUGUACACAGCCUCACCAGCAGCUUCUACUUGUUCUUCACCGGACAAUCAAAGUGAGAGGUCGUUAAGUGUUAAAUCCGUUAAGAAAGCAGCGAUAGCGAGCCGGAGAUUACUCGUUCCGCAGACACCCCUAGAUUGUUUGACUACAUUGGAGGAAGUAAAGGAUAGCUCCCCGGUUUCCGUGCAAGAUCCGUGGUGUAGCGAACAAAGCUCGCCUUCGACGAACAGCUUGUUGGGUAACGCAGGUCCAUCAUAGAAACUUAGUUCUUUUUGUUGAACUACUUUCUGUGAAUAUUAUUAUUUUUUACAGUUAUAGAUUACAAGAUAUAUAGUUUGUAUGUUUGACCCACAGGCACUUUACAAAUUUUGAUUCUGCAAAUUGUUCAUGAUGUUCAAAAAAGAAAGAAUGUAAAAGCUAUCACUACAGUGAUUUUGCAUA